AUGGCAACGCCACUCGUGCUACUGGUGCUGCCACCAUGCCUGCCUGGUGCCACCCCGGUGUCCCCGUGGUGUCCCCGGCAGGCGGUGGCAGGGGUGCCGGCUGGCGCAGGCGUGACCCAGUACUGCGUGGGUGCCAACUACGGGUGGCUGCUGGCCGAGGGGCUCUUGCACAAGCUGCUGGUCCUGGCCACUUUUUCGGGUGACCGCUGCCUCCCCGCCUUCCUCCUCCUCGGCUGGGGCGCCCCCGUGCUCUUCGUGGUGCCGUGGGUGGUGGUGCGCUACCUCUACGAGAACGAGGGGUGCUGGGAGAGGAACGAGAAGGCGGCCGUGUGGUGGAUCAUCCGCUGCCCCAUCCUGAUGGCCGUGGCGGUGAACUUCGUGGUGUUCGUGCGCAUCGUCCGCAUCCUGGUGGCCAAAGUGCGGGCGCAUCAGGUGGCCCGCGGGGACUGCAGGGUCAGGCUGGCCAAGUCGACGCUGACGCUGAUCCCGCUGCUGGGGGUGCACGAGGUGGCCUUCGCGCUGGUGGCGGAGGAGCAGGCGGGCGGCACCGUGCGCCUCGUGCGCCUCUUCCUGCAGCUGCUGCUCUCCUCCAGCCAGGGCCUCAUCGUCAGCAUCCUCUACUGCUUCGUCAACAAGGAGAGUCAGCCGCUGGGCAGGGAACUACAAUUCCAUCAGCCCCUCCCGCGGCGCAUGCGCAGAGCGCGGCGGCCGUGCGCAUGCGUGAGGCACCCCGGAAGCGGCGCGGAGAGGCGGAGCGGCCGCGCCCGGCACCUGCCCGGCCUGGGCGCGGGCGCCGGCAGCUCGGCGACGCGGCGGCCGUGCCAUGCAGCCCUGAUGGAGCCCAACGCCUUCCCCCAGCUCCAGCUCUGGUGCCCGCGUCCUUUCGGCACCUACACCCAAAACAAGCCAUGCCCGGUCCCCGGCCCCACCAAAAAACCUUGCCGUGCCCCCGAAGAACCCGUCGGGCCCCGAGCCCCUUCGGAAAACACCCCGCCGCCCCCCGCCGCCCCGCCGGACGAGGGCAGGGUGCUGCUGGACACUUGGUACGUCAUCAAACCCGGCAACACCAAGGAGAAGGUGGCUUUUUUCGUGGCCCACCAGUGCGGCGGCACCGGCCGCGCCAGCACCAUGAAGGUGAAAGGCAACUGGGGCAGCGAAAGCUCCAAAGCCAAGCGGCGCCGGCGCUGCCACCACCCCGGCAAAAGCAAAAACGGGGCUGACGGCGAGGGGGGCGGCGAGCCCCCCGACCUCCUCUCGGUGGCCGAGAUGGUGGCGCUGGUGGAGCAGCGCACGGCGCUGGCCCUGCAAGUUCCAACCCCGGCGGCGCCCGUGGUUUUCAUGGAGGCGGCCGGCGAGGCCAAAACCCCCGCGGCGAGCGCCGACUGCAGCCGGGUGGCCGAGGCCGUGGCUCACUUCGAGUCGCGGCAGCGCGGCGGCGCGCGGCACAACGGGCUCUGCCACCCCGGCGCCGAGUGCGCCGCCGCCACCGCGGCCACCACGGCCACCGCCGCGGUGGCACCGGCGCCCGGCGAGGUGCGCAUCGCCUUCCGCAUCUCCAGCGGGCGUGAAAACCGCCCCGGAUCCACCCCGGCUGAGCCGGCGGCGAGCGGUGGGCGCCCCAAUUGCGUUUUCGUGGGGUGCGGGGCCGCCGGUGGCACCCGCGCCAAGGACAAGAUCACCUGCGACCUCUACCAGCUCAUCAGCCCGUCCCGCGACGCCUUGCCCAACAACGUGGAGUUCCUCCUGGCCAGCGCCGCGCCCAAAGGGGACGGGGACGGCCCCGACGUGGACAUGGGGUGCGGAGAGGGGACGGCGCCCCCCGGGAAGCCGGACGCCACCGAAGGAGCCGGUGGAGAGGCGUCGGCGGCAUCGGCAUCACGGGACUGCGUGUCCGGCUUCCACGUGGACGUGGUGGUGACGGGGGUGGUGGACCAGUGCGUCUUUUUCGGCAAGGACAGCGCCAAAAAGAUGAAGGAGGAGACGGUGAGGCUGCCGGCGCCGCAGGACGACCCGCCGCCGGGACAGCUUUUCCUCCUACCGGGCGCCGAGGAGGCGGCCGAGGUGGGACCGGGAGCGGCGGAGGCGGCCGAGGAAACGGCGACGGCGGCGGCGCCACCGGACCCGUCGCUGUGCCGCUUGUACCGCCACGUCUCGCACGAUUUUUUGGAGAUCCGCUUCAAAAUCCAGCGGCUGCUGGAGCCGCGGCAGUACAUGCUGCUGCUGCCCGAGCACGUGAUGGUGAAAAUUUUCAGCUACCUGCCCACCCAAGCUUUGGCCGCCCUCAAAUGCUCCUGCCACUACUUCAAAUCCAUCAUCGAGACCUUCGGGGUGCAGGCCACCGACUCGCGCUGGAACCGCGACCCCCUGUACCGCGACGACCCCUGCAAGCAGUGCAAGAAGCACUACGAGAAGGGGGACGUGUCCCUGUGCCGCUGGCACCCCAAACCCUACCACCACGACCUGCCUUACGGCCGCUCCUACUGGAUGUGCUGCCGGCGCCCCGAUAAAGAGGCGCCCGGCUGCCGCGUGGGGCUGCACGACAACAACUGGGUGCACCCGGCCGCCCGGCGCGACGACGGGAGGUGAAGGGACAAGGACGGAGGGGACACGGAGAGGGACACGGAGGGGGGAGGGGCGCAGGAGGAGGUGGGAAAAAAGAAAAUGUGGAAAAAAAAAAAAAGGAAAAGAAAUGAAAGAAGGAG